GACACAGCCGUAGUAAUUUUUAUGAUACCUGGUGGCGCGCUAUCAAUUCUCACAGAAAAAAAAAAAUAAAAUUGUGACUAACCAAUUCCGUCGAGACAUAUAACACAUAAAUUAUAAUAUACACGAAACCAACGAAGACGACCAGAAUUUGUCGGAAUUAAUGCCACGAUGGCUGAGAAAAGUGAUUCGAACGAUAUCCUGACAAUGGAAAAUAAACAGAAUAACAUUGAGGUUGGAGCCGAAGCUGCAGAAGCCGGAAUGUCAAAUAAUGACGUCGCUGAUAUUGAGUUUCAAGCGACCCAAGCAAUAUUUCGGCUUGAAGAAGCUGCCGAAAAUUCAACAAAUAUAUCAAGCUCUGCUUGGAACAAUUCAUCGGGAUUUCUUAUUCAUCCCAAGUCACCAGAAACAGUAUUAUCAUUGAUGCAGGACUUGAUAAUUCAUGAAGAUAUUCCACAAUCUGAUGAAGAUCCAGAUGCUUCGCAGUCAAAUCAAAUAACAGCUUUACCAACAUUAUCAGAAGCUGCUAGAGUUGCUCUGGUAACUCAUUCAGUAUCAGCAUACGCAGUAGCUUUGCCUCGUUCUCAUGCACAAAGAUUAGCAGCUCGUCUAGCUGCUGAUACAACAAGAUGGCUAAGUCAUAUAUUUCACUUUGUCGACUGCGCUUCUUCUUUUCAUGAGGACCAUCUGGAAGGUUUGGUCCGAGUUACAAGACUAGCUUUACACAAAAAAUAUCCUAGGUACCUAGAAGAUGGAUUCACGGCUUUAGCAUCAUCUCCGCCGCUUAUUUACAGUUCUAUUGCUGCUCCUUUGGGAGUUGUUAAACAUCUCUGUCGACAGCUUUCACUACCUUUGAAUUGUAUUAGACCGAUCCCACAAAAUACAAUGUUUGGAUCACGGCAAACAAUGGAUAUUUCAGCAUUGGAAAGGCGUUUAGUUGAAGACAAUAGUAUUAAUGGUGUAACGCCGCUUCUAGUUUUAGCUGAAGUUGGUACUGUUAUUACCGGUCAUUCUGAUAAUGUGUCACGACUUCGUGAAAUUUGUGACAAAUAUAAUGUUUGGUUACAUCUUCGUGGACAUUCAUUAGCUGCUCUUGCAUUAAAUAAUGCGCCUAAAGACUUGCCGUCAAAAAUAGCUGACAGUAUAACACUGCCAUUGGGUUCUUGGUUGGGCAUACCAUCAUUACCAGUAGUUACUUUAUACAGACUUACGGAUACUAAGGGAGAUAAACCAACUCAGCGUGAUACAACACUAAGUCUUGUAUCAGGUUUAAUGGCUGAAUCGUUAUCACGACGACUACCAACACUACCUUUGUGGGCGGCUCUUCAAGUUCUUGGUCGUGAUGGAAUACAAAUGAGAAUAAAACAGUGCUUCCAAAUAAUUGAACAACUUUAUAAUAAAAUUAAAAAGUUUUCUAAUAUUAAAUUUCUCAGUCAAAUACCAGGUGGUGAAAAUUGUUCUCACACAAUAAAUGAGCUGUCAAACAAUCCAAUAAAUGGACCUAAAUUAUUUGAAAUUGUUGCUAGUGCUUUAGUGUUUCAAUACGUACCGCCAGUAAGAGAAAAUCAAACGUCUGAACGUGUUUCCAGUAAUUCAGAUAAAUUUAAUUGCUGGCUUGGACAAAUUUUGCAAAGAGAUAUUGAAAGUGUACCAGUUGAAUUGUGUGAAGUGGAACAGUAUGGUAUAGCUAUUAGAAUAUGUUGUUUAGAGAGUCCUGAUCCUCCGCCAUCGUCUGAAGAUAUUGAAAAUGUUGAAGCUUGUCUUGAACAACAAAUUGAAAUCUUGAACGCGACAGUUGAACACAAAGAAAACUUUUUACGAUUAGUUAAACAAAAUAGUUCCUUACGUUUUGUGGAUCUGCCUGGAUGGGCGGGAUUAGGAGGUGUAAGAUAUGAACCACCAACGUGGGUUCAAAUAAAGACCGAUGAAACAAAAGCUGAGCUUAAUAGAUUAAAUAAUCAAUUAGUUGAAGCUCUACGUAGUACAGAUGCUGCAUUCUCUCUUGGAGAAGGUGAUGAUGGUUUAAGUUGCGUACGCUUUGGAAUGGUAACACAAGACACUGAUCUUGCAAAAUUAAUUUCAUUGGUACUACAAUAUGGAAGAGAAGUAGAAGCUAAUUCAAAAUUAUUAGACACUAUUUCUGAAGUUGUUAAAAGAGGAAUUGAAACAGCACAGACAGAUCUUGAGAGAGAAAAUGCUGAAAAAUUAUGGCAAGAAGGUAUUUUAAGGCACGUUCCCGUUGUCGGUACUUUUGUUAAUUGGUGGAGUCCACCGCCCAAAGAAAGUGGAGUACGUGGUCGAAGUUUAAACCUACAAGCUGGUGUUGUUGAAAGCACGGAAAAUAUUUACAAAUAUCACAUGCAAUUGCAACCCAACACAGCGACAAGUAAUGGCUCUGGAGCACGAACGCCUCCUCAGCCAUUGGUCCAAACGCCAGUGGGAGUUGGAAGCCAAAGUCACAGUAGAUCAUCAAGUCAUUCGAGCUUACAAAGCAAUAAAUGCCUGCCAACAAUUGCUAAUUCAAAUGUUUCACAGCCUCAGACACUUGAUAAAAAUGCGCAAGUUGCUAUUAAUAUUUAAAACAUUGACACACUGCUCAUUGUAAAAAAAGGAAACACAAAUAUGAACAAAAACAAAUAAAAUUAAACUUUACGUGUAAGAAAAAUUCGUUUCAAAAAAAUUACAAAAAAGUUCGACGUAUGGAACUUCUAAGCUGGAGACUGAUUGGAACUUUUGUAAUUUUAAUCAUAAAAAAAAAGAUCUAGGAUUUAUUUGGGCAAAUUUUCAGUAAAAAAAGAAGAAAUUUUUACUAAAUUUUACCCUUGUUUCGAAAAAGUUCAAAAACCUCUGGAAUUUUUUAUAAACAUUUUUUUAUUCUUGAGAAUAUUAAUUUCUAAUGGUAAUUUUUUUUGAACGAGGGUAAAAAUACGUUUUAAAAACGUCCUUUUUUGACUCGAAAUUUUCUCAUAUAAAAUCUUAAAUAAAUAUUUUUUUUUACUAUCAAAAUUGCAAAAGUUCCACGAGUUCUAAUCUGUGUCGAGUUUAAAAGUUUCACUUAUCGAACUUUUAUUUGAAUAUUUUUGGAAGGAAUUUUUUUUACAUGGAAUUAUUCCUGGUGUUAUUUGUGAUAGUAAUGCAUUGAUGUACUAAUUACUUAAUUUAGUAAUACGUAUUGAGCUAUUAAAUUAAAAUAAUAAUUAAUAUAUAAAAAAAAAAGAAUUUUAAUUUUUAAAUUAAAUAUUUGAGUUAUGACUAGGGUCAAGAUUUUUGCGUUAAUUUACAAAUAAUUGGAAUUAGUUAUGUGAACUUUUUUAUAUUACGGGGAAAAUAUUGGUCUUAUCAAAAAAUUUUUGAAACAAAAGUUGUGGGAAAUUUAAUUUUCUAAAAAAAAUGUCUCUUGUAAUUUUUUCUUAGGACUAUUUAGAAAGCCGUAAUUUCAAAAUUACGAUUUUGAUAAUUCCCCAAAUUUUGAAUCAUUCAUUAUGAAUAUUAAUUUUUGAAUUGCAGUGAAAAUAUUGGUCGUAUUAAAAAAGUUUUCAAACAAAAGUUGUAGGAAAUUUAAUUUUCUAUAAAAAAUGUCUCUUAAAAUUUUUUUUUAGGACCACUUAGAAAGCCGUAAUUUCAAAAUUAAGAUUUUCAUGAUUCCCCAAAUUUUGAAUCAUUCAUUAUGAAUCUUUAUUUUUGAAUUGCAGUGAAAAUAUUGGUCGUAUUAAAAAAGUUUUCAAACAAAGGUUGUAGGAAAUUUAAUUUCCUACAAAAAAUAUCUCUUACAAUUUUUUCUUAGGACUAAUAAGAAAGCCGUAAUUUCAAAAUUACGAUUUUCAUAAUUCUCCAAAUUUUUAAUCAUUCAUUAUGAAUCUUAAUUUUUGAAUUACGGUGAAAAUAUUGGUCGUAUACGAAAAUCAUGAGAUACAUUUUUUUUACAAAAUUAAAUUUCCUACAACUUUUGUUCGAAAACUUUUUUAAUACGACCGAUAUUUUCGUCGUAAUAUCAAAAAUUUUGACUAUUCAUUUAAAAAAUAAGGCUCAAAUCUUGUCCCUAGUUAUAAGUAUUUAUGUAUUUUAAAAUUUACACAUAAAAUUGCAAUAAUAUAUAUUAUUUUUUAAAUUAUUUAUAAGUAAUUAUUAAUUAAUAUUCAAUAAUAAUGUAAUUUGCUUUAAUGCGUUACUUUUUAUGCACAACAGCUUAAAAUAAUCAUGUGAUAUGAUGAAAAAAAAUAAAAAUUAUAAAAUUAGUGAUUGCAAUUUACAUUACCAAAUAAUAAUUAUUAUUAUUCUUAUUAUUAAGCUCAUUAAUGAGCUGGCCUCGUAUAAGUAAUUUUAUUAUUCUUUAUAGAAUAUACAAUUAAAAGUGAUCCCAAUUGUAUAUUAAUU